AUGUCUCUCACAUUACUGUUGGCAUGUAUGGCCCUUCCUCUUCUCUUCUACUACGUGUGGCAGAAUUGGCAAUUACUCACCACCUCUCCACUUCACGCUCUCACACGUCUCCUCCAUAAAUUAUUCCUCUUCAAAGAGCGAAAUCUUCUCUCGAGUGCAUCCACCACCUAUGGCACACACUGCUCUCCAGAAGCAAGAGCUCUCUUUUCCAUGGUCUCUCUUGUGGCCAUUGAUGACUCGGAACCCACUCGCCCACUCCAACGUAUGGAAUUUGUCAAGAUGCGUCAACAUUUGAAUUUCAUGAUGAGCUCUGUACUCUCAAAGGCGAAAUACGAAUGGAAACGCACUUCUUCUCACGACUCUCCCAUUCGAAUCAAAGUCUUCUCUCGACCUUGUCAAACUUCUCGAACCAAAGCACAUUUCUUGAAGUCUCUGUGGAUUUAUCAAGAUGAUGAAAAUCAUCAUUCACACCUCGAGAAUUCCACCACCACUGGCAUCACCAAUUCUAACACAACCUCCUCUCAUCAUCAUCAUCAUCGAAAAACAUUGAUCUAUUUCCACGGAGGAGGUUAUUAUUUUGGCUCUCCAGAAGCUUAUUCUGGUUUUUUCAUUCCCUUUGCUCGCAAGUAUGGCAUUAAUGUCUACUUGGCUGAUUAUAUUCUCUCACCGGAUCAAGUGGAGCAUUCGUUUCGAGAAAUCUUUACAGAUGCCUAUGAAGAGUUGAAUUUUGUGUUUCGGGAAUUGAAAUUGAGACCACAAGAUGUGUGUUUGGGAGGAGAUUCGGCUGGAGGUAAUUUGGUGUUGAAUUUAAUGAGAAUGAUGUCAUUGAAUUGUUGUUCCUCUUCUUCUUCUUCGACAUUGGAGGAUUUACAUUCCGUUCAAUUGAAUGUUGAUACAUUGGAGGAUUUACAUUCCUUUAAAUAUUCAGAAUUGUCAAAAUUUCUCAUUCUUUCUCCAUGGUGUGACUUGGAAAUGACUCAUGCGAGUGUUUUUGAAAAAGAUAAUCGAAAUGAAAUGAUGCUCUCUCGAAAUUUAUUAUUGAAAUGUCGAGAAGGAAAAGUGCCAUUCGAGAGUGAUCCUUCUGAAUUCUCAGUAUUGAAAUUUUCGAGAAAUGUCUUGAAGCAAAUGUUGAGAAAUAAGAAAAUUUUGUUGAAUUGGGGAGAUUGUGAACGAUUGAGAGAAGAAAUUGAAAAAUUUGCUAAAAUUUUGAGAGAAUUGAAAGAAGAAGAGAAGAUGGGAAUGGAAUUUAUAGAGUUGGUGGGUCGUGAUAUGUGUCAUGAUUAUCCGUUUUUGUUUAAUUAUGAAUUACCAGAAGCAAUUGAAGCGUUGGAUCGAUUUGCAGAAUUUGUGAAAUCUGAUUAA